AUGAUGUAUCCUUCACUGGAGAAGUUUGAAGAAGAAUUGCUUGUCCUUGUCAAUAGCGAUCGCUUGCCGAAGGGAAUUCUCAUUGCCGGUGGGACUCCUGUUUCGAUCCAAGAGCGGAGACUACACAUUGGUGUCCACAACGGUUGGUGUUUUGUGCAGCCGCCUCAGGUUGUGGUGGUAACACCGGAGAGCAGAGCUGUGAAGGCAAAUUCUGCCACUAGCCUGAGGAAGAGACAGGCCAGCGCUCAGACACUAAGUUCUUCCGCUCUGGUAUUGAGGAGUCGCAUACGCCUGCCUGAAAUGGUCGAUGACCCCAGAUUCGCCAUCGUCUUCCUGCUGGAGUACGUCUUCACUGUGCCUAGCGGGGUCGGCAGCAAGGUACCA